CGCAAGAUCCGUUUUGCACUACUGAAAAAAGUACGUAAGGCUACCUAUCUAGUAGCUCGGAGUGAUGGAUGUCAUGUUUUGCGAUUGAAAAGCUGUUCAGAUUAAGCAUAUAGAAUCACAGCCACUGUGGUAUGGCCUUUGCCCAGGUUGUAUUAAUGGACUGCCAUGGGUGGACGUAUGCAAUUAUUGUUAUAUGCUGUGGUUUUGUGGCUACCGCAUUGUAGUCCUCAUUAUUUGUUUCCUUGAUGCUUUCUAACUCCAUAACCUCUGACGCUAGAGACAUGAUACCAAUCAACGUACGGACAUACUUGUUGCUGAGGAUGGCCAAGAGAAACGGUAUGAAAGUACAGCAAAGGCCGUGCCGCAAUUUUACGGAAGUUAGGUUUCACGGCUGCAGCACCAUCGAUAUAUCCUGAGGCGUAACAUGCAAAUCUCACUUGCUUGUCUCAGCACAUUGGUAGACACAGCGCAUAAAGAACUCCGCUGCGCUUAUAUAUAUGGACAAGCUCUCAAAGAUAAAUGGUAGGAAUAUAACCCUGCCGUUCUAUGAGAGGGAUAAGGUACUAUUCCUAAACCAGAAUAUUUGACAAAAUGAUACAGCGACAAGUACUAGCACAGAGAAGAGACAUGAUUUCUGGAUUGAUAUGGCAAGUAAUAAUAGCAGCCUUGUAUUCGUCUGUAGUAAAGUUCUUCAAUUAUUUAGGUGCAAAUAGUAAUUGGACCUAUAACAGGGAGAUAUACCAUCUAGCCGGUCCGUAUAUCCUAAUGUAGUGAUGUUUCAUUAAUUAAUGCAUUAUAAUUGUAUGAUCCUUCAGUGGCAAAGCUCGCACAAAUGCCUCGGUAUGUUCUGAUGUUUCUAUACUGAGAAAUAGGCCAGCAGGGGCUUUUGUCAAAAAGAUGGUUAAUCUAUAUCUGAUCUC